AUGGCAUCCACAGCAGCUGGUAGAGGGGCACAAACCAUGAAUUCUAUGUAUUUCAAGCCAAUGUUGAGAAAAGCAUACCAUAGAAAAAGUGGGUCACCGGGGUCACCGGAUACGCUAAGUGACACCGUUAAAGUUAACGGAGAAGAAGUGAAGCAGACGAGGCCAUCGUCCGGUGAAGCCACUUGGUGGGUCCGGGACGACCGGACCGGACUUUUUUACCCUAAGGGCCAAGAGAAGGUGAUUGAAGAUGUUCCACAAGGGGCAGGAAAGGAAAUUGGGACUAUCAAUUGGUUUGAUUAA